AUGCCGGAGACAUUCGAUGUAGAGCAUGUUCUCGCGAACAUCAGCGAGCAAGACAAGAUCGCUCUUCUAUCUGGUACACGAACCCAGCUGACUUUGGCACCUCACUCGCUAACAGCCCUAGGGAUCGACUUCUGGCACACACAUCCCAUCCCCGAAUUCAACGUCCCCUCGAUCCGCACCACCGACGGCCCCAAUGGCAUCCGAGGCACCAAGUUCUUUGGCGGCAUCCCCGCCGCAUGUCUGCCCUGCGGCACAGCUCUGGGGGCAACCUGGGACCGAGAUCUGAUAUACCAGGCGGGGAAGCUGUUGGGCGACGAGUGCAUUGCGAAAGGCGCGCAUUGCUGGCUGGGCCCGACCAUCAACAUGCAGCGCGCCCCCAUCGGCGGCCGCGGGUUCGAAUCGUUCGCGGAGGACCCGCAUCUCUCGGGCAUUCUGGCCAAGUCGAUCAUCCUCGGAUGCGAGAGCAAAGGGGUAAUUUCCACGGUCAAGCAUUUUGUCGGCAACGACCAGGAGCAUGAGCGCCGCGCGGUGGAUGUCCUCGUCACCCAGCGCGCCCUGCGCGAAAUCUAUCUACGACCGUUCCAGAUCGUGGCGAGAGACGCGAAGCCCGGCGCACUCAUGACAUCGUACAACAAGAUCAACGGGAAGCAUGUGGUGGAGGACGCGCGCAUGCUCAAUCUGGUCCGCGACGAGUGGAAGUGGAAUCCGCUCGUCAUGAGCGACUGGUACGGGACCUACACGACCAUCGACUCGAUGAAUGCAGGCCUCGACCUGGAGAUGCCGGGGGUGUCCAGGUACCGCGGGAAGUACAUCGAGUCAGCUGUGCAGGCUCGCCUGAUCAAGCAGUCGACGAUCGAUGCGCGAGCGCGAAAGGUGUUGGAAUUCGUCAAGCAAGCGAGUCAAGUCCAAGUGUCGGAAGUGGAGCGAGGACGGGAUUUUCCAGAGGAUAGAGCGCUGAACCGCAAGGUCUGUGCCAACAGCAUCGUGCUCCUCAAGAACGAAGACAUCCUGCCCCUUCCAAAGGAUGUCAAGAAGAUCGCUCUUAUCGGGUCUCACAUGAAGACGCCUGCCAUAUCGGGCGGAGGCAGUGCGUCGCUGGAGCCAUACUACUCUGUCUCGUUAUACGACGCCUGCACGGAAGCACUCCCCAACGCAGAGGUGCUCUAUGAAGCGGGCGCAUAUGCCCAUAAGAUGCUCCCUGUGAUUGACCGUCUCCUGAGCAAUGCUGUCAUCCAUUUCUACAACGAGCCGAUGGGCAAGGAACGACAUCUCAUCAGCACCGAGCCUGUAUCGACGACGGCCUUCCAGUUCAUGGACUACUAUGCCCCCGGUCUCAACCGGGGGCUAUUCUGGGCCACACUGAUUGGCGACUUCACGCCCGACGCAUCGGGGCUUUGGGACUUUGGCCUGAGUGUCUUUGGUACCGCAAACCUCUACAUUGACGACGAGCUCGUGAUCGACAACACCACAAACCAAACGCGCGGAACGGCCUUCUUCGGCAAAGGCACUGUUGAGGAGCUCGGAUCAAAGGAGCUCGUUGCUGGGACUACAUACAAAAUUCGGAUUGAGUUCGGCUCGGCCAACACCACCACGAUGAAGACGGUGGGCAUGGUGAACUUCGGUGGCGGCGCCGCCAAUCUGGGGGCGUGUCUACGGAUGGACCGGGAUGAAAUGAUCGAGAAUGCUGUAAAGGCGGCGGCCGAGGCCGAUUACACCAUUCUCUGCACCGGGCUCAACAGGGACUGGGAAUCCGAAGGGUUCGAUCGCACGCAUAUGGAUCUGCCUCCGGGCGUGGACCGGUUGAUCUCGAAGGUGUUGAAGGCAGCCGCUGACAAGACCGUCAUCGUCAAUCAGUCCGGAACCCCGGUUACCAUGCCGUGGGCGGAUCAGGCGCGGUGCAUCGUGCAGGCCUGGUACGGAGGGAAUGAGACGGGGCAUGGGAUCGCCGAUGUCCUGUUUGGAGAGGUCAAUCCAUGUGGGAAGUUGCCCUUGUCCUGGCCGGUGGAUGUGAAACACAACCCGGCCUAUCUGAACUACGCCAGUGUGGGUGGCCGGGUGCUGUACGGCGAGGACAUCUAUGCGGGUUAUCGCUUUUACGAGAAGACCGGACGAGAAGUCCUCUUCCCUUUUGGCCACGGCCUGUCGUAUACGACCUUCAAGGUCUCGCCGAGUGUCACCGUCACCCCAGAGAUCUUCAACAUGGGCCGUCCUCCGGUCGCCACCGUCCAAAUUAAGAACACGGGCAAACUGGCGGGAGCCCAGAUCCUGCAGCUGUACAUCUCUGCCCCCGAGUCCCCCACCCCACGCCCGAACAAGGAGCUACACGGGUUCGAGAAAGUAUUCCUGCAGGCGGGGGAGGAGAAAACGGUGGAGAUCCAGCUGGACCGAUAUGCGACCAGCUUCUGGGACGAGAUCGAGGACAUGUGGAAGAGCGAACAAGGGACACACCGAACUCCAUCGCCAAUCCCCGGCAUCGUCGUUUUCUCUCUUGUCUUGGCCUGUCAUCACCGUGUCUUUCUCCGGCUAUCUCCCGUGUCUCCCGCCGGAAGUCCUAGCAGGAAGAAUGCACGCUUCUUCGACUCCGCGACCUCGCAAGCACACGCGGGUGCUCACCGCGUGCGAUGCCUGUCGUCUCAGCAAGACUCGAUGCGACUCGGCCCGGCCAAAACAUGGGGCGCAAGAAUCCUAGACGCAGUAGAACGGCAAGAGCGGCUGCUUUCAGAGAGCCUGGCCACAACCCGGGGGCCUCCUCUUGCGCCGCAGCAAGCGUCGCCAUCCCCCGUGGACGAAGUAGAUCCCGAGUCCAUCUCGCGCAAUGAUGCGCUCAAGACGCCCAUCACCGGGUCGGACAUGAUUCUCAGCUGGCCGAUUUUUCCGAGAGAGAAACCCGUGUCGACGUUUCCGAUGGUCGCGUACUCUGAGAAGCCAGAUCGCUUUCAGACGGCUCUACCCAGUUUAGAUCCCCAGAGACUGCUCGAAUUGCGCGAGAUUUUCAUGACCAAGAUCUGGACCAAGAACCCGAUCGUGGACCCAGACCAGCUGGACUUGUAUAUUGCCCGAGUGCUGGAAAAUGGCAUCGACUGGUCGGCCUCGUCGUGCCUGGUGCUCCUUGUCUUUGCGCUUGCGGCCAUCUGGGGGAACUAUCCCGACGACGAAACCCGCGAGGUCUCGUACAAUGAACCGUCCUUUACUCCGCCGGUCACCUAUGUGACAAUGUCGGUUCCGGAGCACCGCAUGAAGGAAUCGUUGGCGUUUCUCGCCAUGGCGCGGAAGCGCAUCUCUGCUGCGUAUCUCGACGAUACCUUGCUGGGAGUGCAGUGCCUUUGUUUAUUCGGAAUUUGGUAUCAGUACAACAUCGAGCCGAUUCCGGGCUGGAAGAUGUUCCGGACAGCAUCCAUGUUGUGGCAGACAUAUCAUUUGAAGCACCGCGAGGGAAAGACGAUUAGAAAUGCGCAGGAAGAGAAUAGUGAGGUUCGAUAUGAACUGACAGACCUUCCACCCUGCGAUCUCAGUCUCUCCGAUUUUCCUUAUUCCCUCCCGAGCUUUCCCACCAGACAACCAUCCAACGACAGCCCUGGGCGCCUGUUUUCCAAUCCCUCAGCGACAGACCUCGAAGCAGCAUCCUCCUACUACUAUCUGGCCGAGAUCUCCUUGCGCAGACUCCUCAACCGAGCCCGCAAUGCGGUGCGCGUACUCUCCCCGGAUAUCGACCUACCGACCAUCAAGGUCCUCGCAGACACCUUGACGCAGCUGGAAGGCCAGCUGCAGCAGUGGGUAGACUGUCUCCCUCACACUCUCCGGUUCAACAUGCCUCUCGAAUCCGCCCCCCGCCAGAACGAGGGCGAACUGAUGAAGCUAGCCCGCGAGCGGUACGUCGAGGUGCGCGAGCUGCUCUGCCGCGCAUAUCUAUACCUGUGCAUCCAUGUGCCGCUCGACCCAGCGCUGGCAGCGCUGUAUGGGGUCAAAGCGAGCGAGGCGCUCCUCUUGGCGGUUUAUCGAAUCCAGACUGAAGUGCCAUUCUUCCGGCACCCGGGCUCGUGGGGAGCGUGUCGGGUGCGGUUCAACCACGCGCUUUGCCUGAUUGCGGGAUUCCGCGCGAAAAUGAAGCAGCUACCGUCGGCUGAAUAUGUGAGCAUUCCUCCCGCCUGGGCGGACUGCGUGCGCGUGGUGAUUGAGCGGCUGAAGAUCUGGGGGGAGGAGGGCGGCGGCCUCAAGGAGUUAAGUGUGCUGCUGGAGUGGCUGCUGCAUGGCAGUAUGGAAGCGUAG